CUGAAAGCUUUAGCUGCGCUUCAAGUUCAACUUCAAGAUCAGCACAUUUGCUGGUCUUCUGUUGCUUGAGCGGCGCGCCUUCUCCCGUUUGAUUUUGGGUUCUGUAUGCAACAAUCCAUCUUUUGGACCUUGCCAAACCCUGCCUGCAAGAUUUUCCUACCAUUGUUACAGGGCGCCUUUGAUUGUAGUGGUUGAGGGCAAAUCUCAGGAUCUCAUCGGCAAUUUGUAAAGUUGUUCUUCAUUGGAUCUCGAACGUGGGCAACGAAGUCCUUGGCCAUUUGGCCUGCAGAGGGCCAAACCGGAUUUCAAAUGUGCUGACAUAAUAGAAAGGCAGCAGCCUUAGCAGUCCAUUCCAACACUCUGCUGUAGGAAUCAACAAGAGCCUUGGUUUGGGGCGCCAGAGUCUGGCGUCGGUAACUUGACGUGCCCGUCACAGAUUUCUGACAAAGGAUUGAAGAUCCUUGAAAAUAUGGUCGCCACCGCAACCCUAGUCGGGGCGCUUUUUGGUGCGGGGGUACAAUUCUACAGCAAUGCCGUCCGGAAGCUGCCGGCCAUGCGGGAACCGUGGAAGCACGUGCUGGGUGCGGGGCUCGGGGCCGUGUGUGCAAACGAGAUUGUGAAGUUUGAGGAGAAGACGAAGGUGGAGCUUGAGGCGCAGAUCGAGGAGUCCAAGAAAGCCAACAGGCGGCGAUUCCAAGUUGGUGGAGCAGAGUCGGAACCAUAGGGAUGAGCUUGACGUUUGAAAACCACUGAACAAACAAACUCGUUCAUCGUGCCAAAAGCAGGCGUUGAUGUGUUUGGCUGGAUCGUAGAGCUGUCUUGCACGUCCAAAAGUUGUCACUUUUGGCCUCAAUGCCUUCUCUGAUCUUUCAAAUCAGCCUACCACAGCCCUUGAGCACAGCAACAGUCUUAGUCUAUCACCAGUCUUGAGGCCACUGGCAUUCGUUCGGGUCAAUAUCGACCUGCUGGGAAAAAGGAAUUGCUCAUAUUUCGAGCCGAGCUACGGUGUUGUUCAACAUCCCACUGAUUGCUGGUCUUGCUUGUCCUACAAGAAAGAGGACUCGUGUGUAUGCAGCUACGACUACGUUGAUGACAGACAUGUGCCCGUUU